AGGAGCAGCCGGGAUCCGCCCCCUCCCCCAGGAUCUCCCGGCCCGACGCCCCGGUCGCCCCAGCUGAAGGCCGGCUACGGGGUACCCCAGGCCGCACGUUUGAAGGGCUCGCCCUCGGGCAGCAUCGAACCUCCGCACACCGACUUCUCGCGAGGUUUCGUUGCCCCCCCGCCUCCCCGCCGCCUCUUAGGUCUGCUGCGGGCAGCUCCCGCAAUGGCUGCGCUGCGGAGGCUCCUGUGGCCGCCGCCUCGGCUCCCGCCUCCGCUCUGCCCUCACCAUCCCUUUCCUGGGCGGUGGGGGCGCCCUGCGGGGGUAGCCGCGGGCCCGCCCGGCCGGCCCUUCUCCUGCCGGGAGGAGGAAGAGGGGGCUGUGGCGGAGGCGGCUUGGAGGCGGCGGAGGCGCUGGGGGGAGCUGAGCAUCGCGGCAGCGGCCGGCGGGGGUCUGGUCGGCCUCGUGUGCUACCAGCUGUAUGGAGACCCUCGGGCCGACUCCGCGUGGGCACCCGCCCCGGGGCGCCCCUCGGAGAGCUCGGCCGCAGAGCCGGAGGACCCGCCCCGCGGCCGGGGGCUGCUUCCCAUCCCGGUUGCGGCUGCCAAGGAAACGGUUGCUAUCAACCGAACAGACAUUGAAGACUUAGACCUCUAUGCUACAUCUCGGGAAAGGAGAUUUCGUUUGUUUGCUUCUAUAGAAUGUGAAGGACAGUUAUUCAUGACUCCAUAUGAUUUUAUUUUGGCUGUUACAACUGAUGAGCCCAAAUUUGUUAAAACGUGGAAGUCACUUACCAAACAGGAAUUAAAUCAAAUGCUCUCAGAAACACCACCAGUUUGGAAAGGAUCUUCAAAGCUUUUUCGUAAUCUUAAAGAAAAAGGUGUGAUUUCUUACACAGAAUAUCUUUUUCUUUUAUGUAUUUUAACAAAGCCACAUGCAGGUUUUAGAAUAGCUUUCAACAUGUUUGACACUGAUGGCAAUGAGAUGGUGGAUAAAAAGGAGUUUUUGGUGCUUCAAGAGAUAUUCAGGAAAAAAAAUGAAAAGAGAGAAACAAAAGGAGAUGAAGAAAAGCGUGCAGUGCUGCGUCUUCAACUUUAUGGAUACCAUUCUCCUACUAAUAGUGUACUUAAAACAGAUGCUGAGGAACUUGUCUCCAGAAGCUAUUGGGAUACACUGAGACGUAAUACAAGCCAAGCACUGUUUUCAGACCUCGCAGAGCGUGCUGAUGACAUUACAAGUUUAGUAACAGAUACUACACUUCUUGUACACUUUUUUGGAAAGAAAGGAAAAGCUGAGCUCAACUUUGAAGAUUUUUAUAGAUUCAUGGAUAACCUACAGACAGAAGUUCUAGAAAUAGAAUUCCUUUCCUACUCUAAUGGGAUGAGCACUAUCAGUGAAGAAGAUUUUGCUCAUAUUCUUUUACGAUAUACAAAUGUGGAAAAUACAUCAGUGUUUUUGGAAAAUGUGCGUUACAGUAUACCUGAAGAAAAGGGCAUCACAUUUGACGAAUUCAGGUCAUUUUUCCAGUUUUUGAACAACUUGGAAGACUUUGCAAUAGCCUUGAAUAUGUAUAAUUUUGCAAGUCGUUCUAUAGGGCAAGAUGAAUUCAAGCGUGCCGUCUAUGUAGCUACUGGCCUCAAACUUUCACCACAUUUAGUGAACACAGUCUUCAAGAUUUUUGACGUUGACAAAGAUGAUCAAUUAAGUUAUAAAGAAUUUAUUGGAAUUAUGAAAGACAGACUCCAUAGAGGAUUCCGGGGUUAUAAAACAGUGCAGAAGUAUCCCACUUUCAAAUCCUGUCUAAAGAAGGAACUUCAUAGCAGAUAAGUACUUCCAAAGCAAAGUUUUAAGGAUUAUUAUCUACAAAACGAUGCAAGAAGCACAAAUUUCAGAGAAUGGAAGCAGAUCUGAGAUCAGAACAUGUAGAAAUGAAGGAAAAGAUGAAAUGCUAAUUAUAAUUUUUCUUGACAGAAUUCUUGAACAUAAGACACUUAAAAUGCAUCUUCUCACUAACUAUACAUGUUAUGUGUUAUCAAGUUGAGCUUUUGCCUUGAUUUACUGAACUCUGUACUUUUUCAUUCCCUUCACAAGUAUAUAGAUACUUCCAAUGACUAUAUAAGAAUGUAUUUAAAUUUUUUAUUUAUUUAUUUAUUAGAAAUUGCCUCAUUUCAAAAUAAUGUAUGACUCCUGGAAUCUAGAUCCCUUAAAAAUUAACAGCAACAACAUAUUUUCUUUGGUUUUGGACUGUGAACUUAUUUUCAGAAAAUGAAUAUUCCUUGAGAUUUAUUUUAGGGCCUUUAGAAUUGUUGAAAAAUCCCCAUUAUUACCAGGUUUUUAAUUACAUUAAAAUAAUUUUGAAAAACAAAUAGAAAUUAAGCUAAUGUAUAAUAUACUGUGAUGGUUUACAUUGUACUUUGAACAUUUAAAACUACUUAACAUAUAUUGUGUGAAGCAUAUGAAGUUUUUAAAAAGUUUUUGCUCAUUUACCAAAGUCAUCAGAAUGUCUGUUAUUCUUUUAUGUAUACAGUAAAGAAAUGUAAAAUGUAGAUACUUUUUUUUCCUCAAAAAAGUCCCAUCUCGCUGGUGGAAAGAGUAGCAUUUUUGGCAGCCAUCGCCAUCCUUGCUGUUCUGGUCCUGGACACGCUUCUCCUCCUGUCCACAGACGGCGUACAUUCAUACCACUAGUCAGAAUAAUCUCCUGCAGCUUUGUGACCUAUUGCACAUCGUUAGUCCGCGAGUGCUAUAAAACGCAAAUAUGAAAUGGGGGCGCCUGGGUGGCUCAGUUGCUUAAGCGACUGCCUUCGGCUCAGGUCAUGAUCCUGGAGUCCCGGGAUCGAGUCCCGCAUCAGGCUUCCUGCUCGGCAGGUAGUCUGCUUCUCCCUCUGACCCUCCUCCCUCUCAUGCUCUCUGUCUCUCAUUCUCUCUCUCAAAUAAAUAAAUAAAAUCUUAAAAAAAAAAAAAAA